CCCCCUCCCUUCUCCACUCGCAACCAAACCCUCCCAGCAGCAGCACCAAAUCUAGUCGCCGCCUCCGGGGCCCAAGCCCGCCGCCUUCGCCGCCGCCGGGGACCACGAACGGACGCGCCGACCUCGGAUCUGCGUCUCGCCGGGCUCCGAACGUACGCCACUGAACGGACGGGGGAUUUGGCUGCUCGAUCGGACCGCCACCACCGAACGCUCCGCCGGAUUUAACCACCGCAGACACACCGAACGCGCAGCUUCGCCGGGCUAGGGAGAAAAUCCAUGCAGCCGAGGUCCCGCAUUCGCGGCCGCGACCCACCGCCCUCGGGAGGACGCUACCGUCGCCGAUCGCCGCCUCCGCCCUCCCCGCGCCACAAGCGCCGCCCGCGUGACCCGCCCCCUCCCCUGCCGCAGAGGCGCAGCCCCGAGCAACCGCCGCCGCGGCGCUACGAGGAGAAUCCCCUCCCCGACGUCUCCGCCGCCGCCGGCGAGCGACGUUCGCGCGCCGACAUCCUGCUCGAGGCCGGCCGGCUCGCCGCGCACUACUUGGUCGCAAAAGGCGUCCUCCCCGAGCACGUUCUCCGGGCCAGGGAGGACCCAAAUCGCAAUCCCGGCUCCCGCCCCGAUCCCCCCGCUCCCUCUCCCACUCCUGCUCCGGCUCCCGCCAGCUACGGGAGGAAGCGAGAUGAGGACGACGGUCAGAGGUGGCGCCGGAGUGGAGGCGGCGCUGGGGAUUGGGGCCGCGGCAAGGUGGACGACGACCGGCAAACCCGGAGGUCGGGGUGGGACAGGAGGAGCCACAGCUUUGAUGGGAGGCGAAAGUACAACGACGGCGGCAGCGGUGAAGUUGACCGGGGUGGCCGCCGGACACGCGACUACGAUGAGCCGAAGAGACCGCCCUUGUCAAGGUCCUAUUCACAUAACGAUCCCCGGCCUUCGGCUGAUAGCAGAAUGGAUCGAAGGAGGAGAAGUAGGAGCAGAAGCAGGACCAGGACCAGGAGCGAUUACAGUGGCAGCAGGAGGGAUUCAGAUUGGCGAGCAGGCAGUCGUGAUCUGGAUCACACCAAGGUGCCAGACUCUGGCACUAUUCCUGCUGCUGGUGGUGAUGGUGAUGUGCACUACGCAGAUGUUGAUGAAAUGCCAAGGCAGCCGAAGGUACCUAGUUCAGUGGUAGUUGCUGAGGUGAAUGACAGUGCCGGUCAACCUAUGGCUAUCAAAGACGGGCAGAUGGAGUCAGAGGUCGUUGGACUGGAUCAUGCUCAAGGCAUUUCUGAAGAUGAGGAUGGUGAGUUUGCAGAAGGCAUUUCUGAAGACGAGGAUGGUGAGUUUGCAGAAGACAUUUCUGAAGACAAGGAUGGCGAGUUUGCAGUUGCUGGCUCAAAUGAUGAAUAUGGUGGUGAAAUGGAUGUCUCGCAGUGCCAACCGUCUGAUGUGGAUGUUCAUCCAUCGGAAUCUGUUGAAGAACAGAUGCAUAUGCUACCCCAGCUCAACGAUGUUGAGGAGAAAAAUGAAACUGACAUUGCGCACAUGGAUGCAUCCAUGGUAGAACCAUUGGCAAAGAACAAUGGUUGCUCUGAAGUAAGUUCUGAAAUGGAGGCUCCACAGAGUGAAGUUGAAACUGGUGUUGGUGCUCUUAAUAGAGAUGAACAAGAACUGCCAGCUUGGUACAGAAUUUUUGACCUCAAUGUCGUUGAAACUCCAGAGGGCUGUGAAAUGUCCGAGAUUUCUUGCAGUCCUGCAGAUCAUGUUAGUAAUUCUGCGCCUGAUUUAGUUGGUCAGAUGAACCAACAAACAAGCUAUGAUACUUCAGAAAUUCAAGGUCAAGAUGAGCAUGCAAGGUCUAAUCACCUGUUGGAGGGUGGACAUGAUUUGAAUAAUUAUGAUGUGAACAAUGAGGCUGAUGAACAUGCACAGGAUGACACUUCAGAAAUUCAAGGUCGAGAUGAGCAUGCAGGGGAUAAUCACUUGUUGGAGGAUGGACACGAUUUGAUCAAGUAUGAUGUGAACAAUGAGGCUGAUGAGCAUGCACCGGAUAAUCACCUGUUGAACAAUGAGGAAUUACUUCUAAAUCAUGGCAUGUCUGUGCAUCAUUCAGACAAUUGCCAUCUGAGCAAUGAGCAAAUGCUUCUAAAGCAAAAUGCGGAUGAACAGGAACAUGAUAAUCACCAGAUGGAGAACGAGCGAAUGUUUAUAAAUCAGGGCACUACAGUGCAAGGUUUGGACAGUCUCCAUGUGAAUGAUGGACGGUUGCUGCUAAGCCACGGUGCAGAUGAACAUCAAGACGAAUAUCACCGGAUGGAGCCAGAGCCCAUCCCUAUUCCUUUGGGUGUGCAUGAUUUGGAUAGCUACGAUCUGAACAGCGAGCAAAUACUUCUAAUUAAUGGUGCAGACCAACAUGCAGCAGAUAUAUGCCAUUUGAAGGAUGGGAAAAUGCUUUUAGAUCAGGUUGUGGAUGGAGAAGCUAGAGUUCACAAUAUGGGCGAUGGGCGAAUGAUUCCAGUAAUUGAUCUGGAAGAUGAUUACGAACAGCAGUCUGAUACCAGGGAUACUGGUAGUGAUACCUCACAUAAAUACACGGAUAAUGUUCUACAAGAACAUACGUGUUCUCAAGACCAGCACACCUCAAGUUUCCCUGACAAUCCUCAAACUAACAUACAAGCAGCUUCUUCUUCAUCUGUUACACCAAAUUUUGGAAUCGAAAUAUGUGUACGGGAAGGGGUGCUGUGAAUGCACAGGUAAUUCCAAGUGAUGAUGAUGUGCUGUAUAUUGCAUUUGACAAAAUACCAUCAGAAGUUAUCAAUGUCUGGGACCUGCCUACAUCUGAACUUGGGAAAUCCUUAUGAGCUAAGUUGUUUGUGCACUCAGACCCUACACUGUGUCAGCUUACUGUUAUCCUGGACCAUGGGAAGCUUUGCACCAGAACGGUUGCUGAAGUUAGUUGAUUGGUCAUUGUUUUGUAUGUUGUGCGGUAGUACUCCUUUAAGAUUUUUAGAGCUCACAUUAGCAUGAUGGUCUAGUGAUACUUCUGACCCUGAAAUCAGCUGGAAUUAAUAUAGAUGCAAUGCCAGCAUGUCUAGUAGCUGAAUAGCUCAUACUUUUUUUUGUUGGAAAUGAUAUGCAGGUGUUAGUUGUCUAGCCAUUCGGUGCUGCCCUUGCUCUCGUGCUUUACAUUGUGAAGUGCAAAAAUGAUACUUGAUGUACACCUCAUCAGACAGAAUGUUGCACGUAGGUAGCAAUAGUAAAUUUAUUUGACUCUAA